AUGACGGUCAAACUGCGCGAUGCAGCGUUGAAGACCAUCAAGAGAUACUUGGCUGUUUCCAUCAACGAAGCCAACGGAUUCAGUAGCUCAAAAAUUGAAGGCUACGUGAAGCUUCUAGAAGAGCAAUGGGCAAAGUUCACGGAGGCACAGGAUGCGGUAGAGGUUUCAUGUGGAGUCGAAACGAUUGAUGCUGAAGAGCAAGCGCGUGUGCAGGCAGAAGCCUGGUACGUGGAGGCGCUUUGUAACUUCAAGCAAGUGCUUAGUCAAACAUCGUUGCCUAUCGCCAGUACACCCACGGCAGUAACACAGGCUAUCGAGACGUCGACUACGGCAGUGCGCCUACCCAGAAUCGAGCUUUCCAAAUUUUGUGGUGACUCAACUGGGUGGAUUCUAUUCCACGAUUCGUUUAAGGCAUUGGUGCACGAUAAUACGACGCUCUCAGGCUACCAGAAGUUGCACUAUCUUCGCAGCUGCCUUCAAGGCGAGGCGCUGCAGGUCGUCUCUAACCUAACAAUUUCGGAGGCAAAUUACCAUGUGGCUUGGGAUCUGAUUUGCUCAAAGUAUAAGGUGAUGCGAAUCAUCGUUGAUAGUCACUUUCGCGCAAUAUUCAACAUAAAGCCAGUUACGAACGAAACAGCACAAACACUUAAACACGUUCUCAAUUCAAUGUUGCAAAACAUACGGGCUUUGCAGGCGCUUGAACGGCCAGUAGAGGCGUGGGAUGAUUGGGUAGUAUAUUAUCUGUUAUCUAAACUUCCACAUGAAACCCGGAAACAGUGGGAGUUGUCAUUAACGAAUGAUAAGCUGCCUACAUUCAACGACUUGCAAACAUUCCUCGAGAGCCGGUGCCGAUCGCUAGAGGUACUAGCACCUGGUAGUGGCGGACCAACCAGCAAAAGGGGCAGUAAUGCAGCCGUGUUGCAUGCGGCAAGUUCAUCCAAUCGACAUUCGCCUCGCCACACGCAAUCUUCAAGAGCCGAUUCAUGCACGUACUGCUCUUCUCAGCACAGAAUCUACGCCUGCAGCAGCUUCAAGGAGCUAAGCCCGCCUGCUCGAGCACAAAUCAUCAAACAAAGGGAAGCAUGUUUCAACUGUCUUCGUCAGGAUCACAAAGCAUCAAAUUGCAAGAGCACGUCCAAUUGUUUGAGGUGUGGUCGCCGGCACCACACGCUACUCCAUGAAAGCUACAACAACACGAAUAGCCCUUGCGAAACAUCAGCAGCGGCAGCUGAUACAGCAUCAUGCGCUGCACCUGCACCCAACCGGGUGUCUAGCGAAAAGCAUACUCAUCUAGCAACUAGUUCUCUUGGUCCUGUCAAUGCGCUAUACCGAAGCCACGACAGCGUCCUUGCUGCGCUGCCGACGUCAGCGCUGGCUUCGUCACAAAGGGCAGCUGAGCUCACUACUCCUGCAGGGAAGCGGGAGUCUAAUGGAGCAGACAUCAAUUGUAAUAGUGCACCAGCUGCACCGUUACCGAUAACAGAGUUUCCACCGUGCGGCACAUCCGCAUUCUUGUCACCUGCUAAAGACCAGGCCCCCAACGGAGAUGUUCAACAAGCAACAGUAUGGUCGCAGGGUGGCAAUAUGACAUCACACUACGCCGAAGCAGACAACGCCAUAUUACUGGCUACCGCAGUAGCCAAUGUACGUGACUACGUCGGCCGCUGGCACGCUAUGCGCAUACUUUUCGACAGUGGGUCGCACGCUUCAUUUGUCACAGAGCGUUGCGUACAACAACUACGUCUUCCAAGAAGAUCAUCAGCUAUCUUGAUCACAGGCAUAGGCUCUACGCCAAGCGGUAGGCCAAGGGGUGAGGUACUCCUUACUAUCGCGUCAUCGCAAUUACAGCCGUCUUACGUCAUCAACGCCUUAGUUUUGCCAAAGAUAACUAGCGAUCUACCUACGACCUGCGUGAGCGUCGCAGAUUGGCAGCACAUCAAAGGACUUACACUGGCAGAUCCGCACUUUGCCACACCAGCUCCCAUCGACAUACUCAUCGGUAUGGACGAAAUGGAGCAUUUUCUGACUACUGAUCUACGCAAAGGCCCUCCUGGUACACCCCUGGCUCAGCGGACAGCACUCGGAUGGGUUCUCUUUGGACGAACCAGAAAUCCAACAACUACUACACACGCGGAGGUCCCGAGCCUACAUUGCGAUGUAGAUCUUGUUAAGAUUUUAAGCAAAGUUUGGGAGCUUGACCAGGUCCCGCAUCGGCAACAUCUCACGAACGAAGAAAAGUUCUGUGAAGAUCUCUUCGACUCAACACACCAACGUGCGGCAGACGGGCGUUUCAUUGUGCAGCUACCUCUAAAACCUUCUGUGCCUAUAGGCGAGACCCGUUCUGUCGCAUUACGCAGUUUUUACAGGCUUGAGAAGCGAUUAGCUGCAAACGAAAACCUACGUCGGCACUAUGUGGAGUUCAUGCAUGAGCUGUUGCGGUUGGGUCACAUGGAGUGCGUCCGUGAUAGACCCUCAUCCUGUUAUUACAUGCCUCAUCACGCGGUAUUAAAAGAGACAAGUGAAACAACAAAAUUAAGAGUUGUGUUCAACGCAUCGAUGAAAUCCUCCUCAGGUUUUUCGUUAAAUGAUGCAUUAAUGGUUGGCCCACCAUUACAACAAGAAUUAUUUCCCAUUCUAUUGCGUUUCCGUAUGCAUCGUUAUGCCAUGACCGCCGAUAUAGCGAAAAUGUACCGCCAAGUAUAUGUUCACGAGAAGCAUGUGGAUUUCCAAAGAAUCGUGUGGAGAGAUGCGCCAACCGAAGAACUGAAAGACUAUCGUAUACUUCGUCUCACUUACGGUACAGCUGCUGCAAGUCACUUGGCUGUGAAGGCGUUGCAGCAAGUUGCUAAGCAUAACAUGGCAGAAUUUCAGUCCUCUGCGGAAAUCAUUCUACGGGAUUUCUAUAUGGACGACCUCCUUACAGGAGCUCAUACCGCGGACGAGCUUGUGUUGCGUCAAAGUGAAGUAUCUCAUUUACUCUUAGAAGGCGGAUUUGAGCUGAGGAAAUGGGCCAGUAAUUGCAAGCAGCUUUUGGAUAAGAUUCCAACAUCCACAACGCCGAUAAAUCAUUUGUUAGCUGAAAACGGGGAAGUGAAAACGCUGGGGUUAACGUGGAACACGUCUCACGAUUACUUGACGUAUGCGGUAAGUCUUAAGACACCUCCUACUAUACUGACCAAAAGAGGUUUCCUGUCGGAUGCCAGCACUACUUUCGAUCCGCUCGGUCUAAUCGCGCCUUGCACUAUAAAGGCGAGAAUUUGGUUUCAGCAGAUUUGGCGCACUGAUGUCGAUUGGGACGAACCGGUUUCCGAUCAAAUAGCGAAAGAUUGGUACCUUCAUCGUGACGAGCUUCGAUUGUUGUCUAACCUUAAAUUAAACCGUUGGCUGGGUAUGAGCCCAAAUGCGCACACCGAAUUUCAUGUAUUUGCAGAUGCUUCGGAGAAGGCGUAUGCGGCCGUGGCCUAUGCACGUACUAAGUACUUAGACGGCAAGAUCGUGGUCAAUCUAGUUGCAUCCAGGUCGAAGGUUGCUCCGCUGAAAACUACAACUUUACCCCGACUGGAGCUGUGCGCUGCUCACCUGGGAGCAAAACUCAUUAAGCAGAUCACCGCUUGUGUGUGCUCGCCAGAAAGUCGCAUGUUCGGGUGGACAGAUUCAACUGUGACAUUGGCUUGGCUACAAAGUCACCCUAGCCGAUGGUCUACAUUCGUGGCGAAUCGCGUGGCGGAAGUGCAGGAAAUACUACCCUCCGAAUGCUGGGCGCAUGUCAGAUCCGAAAGCAAUCCUGCCUACUGUGCCUCCAGGGGUAUGUCGCCAUCGAGUUUGCUGUCACAUAAGUUGUGGUGGCACGGUCCAUCGUGGUUGUCGUCAUCUAGCUACGUACGACAUGAGGUCAAGCGACAAGAUCACAUCACUCAGCUUGAGUUGCGUAAGAAAACUGCUGCCGUAAAUGUAGCUGAACCAUCGCAGCAAUGGACCCUUCUCGAAAAAUGCUCCUCAUUCUCGAAGCUGAAAAGAGUUACGGCCUAUGUGAUGCGCUUCAUCGACAACGUGCGCAGUUGCGCGCAAACAAUGCCUCGCAAGCAAACAGGACCCUUAACCAGCAAAGAAAUCCAAGUCGCAGAGCUAAAACUCAUAAGAGGCUUUUGUAAGGUCAUGUUCUCGGACAACGGCACAAAUUUUGUGGGCGCCGAAAAGCAUCUGCGCAACAGUUUACAACAGUGCAUGACUGAUGACAGAUUUCGGUCAUUUUUUAGCGAUCUGAACAUUGAUUGGCGUUUUAACCCCCCAGCCGCACCCCACAUGGGUGGCUACUGGGAGAUUGGCAUCAAACGUGUUAAGUACCAUCUGAAACGUACAUUAGGCGAUACUCUCCUGUCAUACGAGGAGUUCAAUACGUUAUUGACUGAAAUUGAAGCUUGCGUGAACUCUCGGCCUUUGUGCGACAACUCAACAAAUGUUAGCGACUUGGAG